GGAACACACUGUGCCGUCAGCUGGACGUCGGCCGCAACACUCCAUCAAGUAGUCCAUCGCUGGGUUCCGUCUCGUCAGUCAACUCCAAUGCAGAAGGGGUGAUGUGAACCAACCAUGUCGUCACCCUAUCUGACGCAUGUAAGCUUCUUUUUCGCUGUGCUCCCCUCCCCCGGCGUCAAAUAUUGCCUGCCGCCACGAAAUCAUUGGCCCAGUUUCAGCCACUCAAUCUGCAUAGGCGACACUCGGAAAUCGACGACUGAUCAUGAGAUGAUGUCGGGAUGCCUUCUGUACGAUCGAUCGCAGAUGCUCCGCCGGAUCAGAAACACCCAAGGCCCAUGACCGCAGAAUGCCGGCUUCCAUCCCCCCCCCUGCCCGAUCUCGCAAGUGACCCGAUAUUGUGCGCGGUCCUGCAUGAUCGAGACGUCGGUGUUGUACACAGCGAGGAGGAAGGGGAUAAGUCCAGCACGUUCCACCAAUGAGGUCCUCGCCGACACAGCGGCCCGGGGGUCCGGAGGUAUGAUGGGGCCGUGUUUAGUCAGAGAGGCCUGGUCUGCGCGUGCAUGGAAAGCAACGAUGCGGCAAGC